AGGUAUAGUGUACAACGAUAAUGCACAAGGGUCUAUUCCGACUUCCAUCGGCAACUUGAGAGAGCUCAGUCACCUCGAUUUUUUUCUUGGUUCGAUCUCCGGCUCACUCCCAACCGAACUCUUCACCCUCACAAAGCUGAAUUUUCUCCGUUUUGAAUCUAAUGAGCUCUCAGGCACAAUCCCCACUGCAAUUGGCAUGCUUACUAACCUGGUGAAGCUAGGCUUGGGAUUCAAUCAGUUCAGAGGGUCAAUUCCCAGCGAAAUAAGCAAGCUCACGGCCUUGGAAUAUAUGACUUUUGGUCCAAAUCAACUUGGUGGCUCAAUCCCUGAUGAAGUCACCGUUCUUACAAACCUGACAUACCUAAGCAUUCAGGAAAAUCAGAUCACUGGCUCGAUUGCAACUGGAAUCAGCAAUUUGAAAAAACUACAGACGUUGUAUUUGGGUCAAAAUCAGCUCAACGGCUCUAUUCCUGCUACACUUAGCUUGUUAACAGAAUUAGAGUCGUUGUUUCUGGAUACCAAUCAGCUCGACGGUUCCAUUCCUGCUACCAUCAGCAUGUUAACAGGAUUGGUUUACUUAUAUCUGGACAACAACAAGUUCACUGGAAAUAUAAAUUUCAAUCUGGCCCUCACAAAUCUGAGGAAUCUGGGUCUCAACAACAAUCGUUUUAGUGGCUCCAUUCCUUCUGAAUUCGACUCCCUUCCCGAGCUUGUAGUUUUGGAUGUCUCCCACAACUACCUCUCAGGCCCCGUUUCUGAAAAGCUGUGGCCAUUUCAUGACAUGUCAGGCAACUAUUUCACAGGUCGGCUGGAUUUUUCAGCCUCCAUCGAAAAAAAUCUUGCUGGCAACUGUUUCGCAAGGUCCAAGUGUCCCCGCACAAGGCCUAAGUGCCGCCUCGCGCAGCAGCGUCCUGCAGCAGAGUGCGCGGCAUUCUGCGGUGGCUGGAAUGCCUGUGAUGGCCGUGGCAUCUGCUAUCCAGACGGACCCAGCUUGGUGCCAACGUGCUUGUGUAGUGCGGGCUCCGUUCUGGUUGGAAGGUCCUACUGUUUUGCACAAGGUUGGAGUCAAAACAUCUCUAUCAGCGAGCCUAUUCUUCCCGUAUUCACUAUUCUCACCAUGGGAACGCAGCGGCAGACAGCGGGGAGGUCCAUGGCGAAGCCAGUAGACCUCUUUGUUUACCCAUCAAGUUUGAGAACGGGAUGUGGUGCGGAGUUGGCUUUCAGUGUCAACUUCACAUUCUGCCUCAUUUCCCAGUAUGGGCUUGGCAGAUCCAACGGCUUUGCGUUUGUGAUCACGGCAAACAGCAAGUUGGGCAAAGCGGCAAGGGCUAAGCUGGGGAGAUCGGAUGGUGAAGGGUAUGGCGGAAUGGACAGUCGAAGUGUAGCCAUUGUAUUUGACACUGCCACUGAUAUGAAGGUGCAGCAUGUGGGGCUCAACAUAAAUGGCUUAGGUACAUCCUUGUUCGCAAUGGGGUCACCAUUUACGCUGACCGACGGCGAGUAUUACACGGCAUGGGUGGACUAUGACCCUUGGAAUCGUGGCUCCAUCAAGGUGUUUCUGGCUGACUCCAGGGUGAAGCCAGAGCAGCCGCUGCUGCAGAGGGAGCUGUCGCUGUGUGCGGUGCUGCAGCCUAGCGGGCAACAGCCGGCAUUCUUCUUUGGAUUCGUGGCCUCAACCACUAAGAAGCCAUUUCAGAUGCACGCGAUUCGUUACUCUGCCGUCCAAACAGAACUCCGUCCUCCACCCGAGCCAGUGGAGACUACAAAUCAAGCCCUUGGCCUCGUAGUAUCGGAGGGCACGUAUGUACCACCUGGGGCGAACCCAUUCUCGCGCUAUGUGAGCACGGACUACCAAUGGACGGGCAACCGUGUGAGCGUGGACUCAUGGGCCAUCCGUGACUUCCAGAACUGGGACUCAAUGGCCUUCCUCGACUGGCCUGUCAAGAACCAGAUGGAUUGCAGUGCAUGCUGGGCGUACGCCGUGGUGGCGAGUGUGGAGGCUGCAUACGGCAUCGCAAAUAAUGAAGCCGCUCCCCAGCUGUCAGUGGAGUCCCUCUUUGCAGCCAUGGGUCUCAACGAUGCAGACAAGUGCACUGCUGGAGGUUCUCCCACUGCAGCCUUUGAGAAGCUCGUUGUGACUCUUGAUGCCAGCAGUGGACUCAAAGCAGACAAUGACACGGCGAAAACAUAUCCAGUGCAAGCAUUUGAGCGGGCGCUCUUCAAGGGGCAAUUUGGGCUCAUGCUGGCAGUGCGGCGCCAGCCAGUGGUGGUUCACAUUGAGGCUGCGGCUGCCACGUUCUUCAAAUAUAAUGGGACGUUCAAAUAUGCGGAUGCUGCUUGCUACACGGGCAGUCUGAACCAUGUGGUGCUGGUCGUUGGCUACUUCAUCAAUCGAGAUGACGGCAGCCAGAAACGCAUUGCUCCUCCAUCUUGGAUCAUCCGCAACUCGUGGGGAGUUGGUUGGGGAGACGCAGGGCACAUGUUUAUGGACAUUCAGGGAGGAGAUGGCGUGUGUGGCAUCAACGUGCUGCCUGGCAUCUACCCCAUUGUCAAAAUUCCAGAUGACCCAUGUAGAAACAAUGCCUACAAGGGCGAUCAGGACCCGAAUGGCAUGAAUCCUUGCGGCCGGUUCCCAUGCCAGAAGAUUUCUGAAGGCAAUAGAUGUAACUGCGUUAUUGGAAAUGUUACUCAAGCUAUGCAACCUUUCGUUGAGGUUGCCAACGGAUAUGGUUCCAAAACAUGUGCUUAUGUGGACGUGUGUGGGUCGUACUUCAACAACCCCUGCUACGUGGGCUCAUGCAUCAACGAUCGCAAGGGUUCCUACUCUUGCAUUUGCCCUCCCAACCACAUUGAAAGAGAUACAUUUUACGGCUUUCCCACCUGUGAUCCAGCGAAUUUCACAGCCACCAGCAUGACAGUUACUGGAGACAACUGGCAGUGUGCAAAUGUUUCUGCACUUGUUGGCAUCCCAUGGGACAAAUUCCGUUCUACCAAUGCGGGAAUUGAUUGCAGCCAGCCAUUGCGCAAGGGCAGUGUCCUUCGGCUGGUUGGUGCUCCUGACAUACCUUGCACUGCCUUCUUCUACGCCCUCAAGAGUGACACUUGUUCAUCCAUGAGCUCGCAGCUCAGCUUGAGUAAGGAAGAUCUUGCCAAGCUCAACCCCGGCUUCGAUUGUUCGCUGAAUGGCCUCAAGGCGGGCCAGUCAGUGUGCAUCGAGCGCAGCUCUAACUUCGCCUACACUGUGCCCGAGUGUUUGAGAUACGGCACAGUCACAGCACAAACCACGUGUGAGGGGUUGCUUGAAAAGUCCACCAAGGAAAAGGGUGCGAAAGUCACUGGAAGUGACUGGGCUGACCUGUACCGCAACAAUCCCGGCCUCACUUGCUCCAGCGCCGUCCCUAGCAACACUCAAGUGCAG